AUGGAGGGCUCUUACAACUUCACUCAACAUAUCUCCAAAAUGAACUAUGAUUCAAGUUCUUCUAGUUUAGGUUCUGAAUUUUUUUAUUACAUGGUUCAAGAUUACAUAGAAUGGAGUCAGUCCGUUGAUGCUGAGCAACAAAAUGAAGAAGAAAUUGUACCCCGCACUAGAAAAUGUGUGCGUAGGGAACGUGAAGAAGCUCAUGAAAGAUUUUUCAUGAUUAUUUCAGCAACGAACCUCUAUACCCUGAGAAUAUUUUUCGUUGAAGGUUUCGUAUAUAUGCAUAAGCAUGUUUUCCUUCGUAUUGCCGAAGGUGUAAAAACUGAAGAUGAUCAGUUGUAUACACAAAAACCAGAUGCUACUGGAAGGAUGGAUGCAUCUGCACUACAAAAAUGCACAGCGGCUAUCAGGAUGUUGGCAUAUUGUUCAUCCUAUGAUGCUGUUGACGAUUACCUGAAAAUUGCUUCAAGUACCGCUAGAGAAUGCCUUCUUCAUUUUGUCGAAGGGGUUGUUGCUAUAUUUGGACCUGAAUACUUGAGGAAGCCAAAUGCAAAUGACAUUGAGCGUCUCCUACAUGAAGGCUUUUUUUUUGGCACUCCGGGUUUAUGCAAUGAUAUAAACGUAUUGCAGAGGUCUCCCGUUUUUGAUGAUGUCCUACAAGGAAGAGCUCCAGAAAUCAGCUUCUCAGUGAACGGGACAACUUAUAACAUGAAUUACUAUUUUACUGAUGACAUCUGCCCGAGAUGA